UCAAAAGAGCUGCACACAAAAUAGGAAUCGUUGUCCCUAUUUCACCUUUUCCCUCGUUGACCUCACAUUCCGAGUUUCUCGAAACUGCAAGCAGAUUUUCCCUAUUUCUUUCUCCUUAGGGUUGCCUACCUUUCAAGCCUGUGAAAUGCUAAGUUUAAAGACACUAGAAAGCGACAUAGAAAAGGGGCUGAUUCUGGACUUUUCUCUUCAUCUUCUUGAUACAUUUACAUCUGGGAUUCAUCUGGCUAAGGCUUUACUGUAGGUUCUAUACAUCAAAAAUCAAAAUACGAACAAGUGGAGUCAUCCUUUGUAGGCCACAAAAGUUGCCGGCGGUAGCAAAUAUGGCAACUAUAGGUGAUGUGGCCACGGUAGUUUCCCUGAUUGGUAAAGUAAUAAAGGCAGCUACUGAUGCCCAAAUGCUGAAGAAGGAAUUUAAGGAGUUAGUAGACUACUUAGAAUUGGUAGGAAGACAAUUGGAGAUGCUUGAUGAUGGGGAGCUUGAUGAUGCUGCCAUGGAAGCAUUUCAGAAGAUGGGGGAGGUUUUGUUUCAGUGUCAUGAUCUCGCUGAUAGCUGCCAGCGACGAAGGACUAUCUACCUUGUGUUCAAUGGUAAGAAGAUCCAAAACCAAAUCCGAGGGGCACAAGAAAAAAUAACAAAAUACUUGACGCUUAUUCCACUCAUCCAUUUCACACAAGUGUUUAGGCAGUUUAAGGAAGAAAGAAAAAUAAAUGAGAAUCGGCACAAACAUGAUAGAGAUGAAUUAGACAUUCCAGGUUUGGUUGCAGAAAGAAUUGCUGAAUUUACAGACAAUAAGUCUCAAAGUGAUGUUCACUUGUUCACCUAUAAACAAAUAGUAAAAAUGACACACAACUUUGAGAAGCUCAUUGGUAGAGGAGGAUUCGGAAGAGUCUAUUAUGGACUUUUGGAAGAUGGAACUGAUGUUGCAAUCAAGCUACAGACACAAUCAACACCACAAAGUGACAGGGAGUUCUUGGCUGAGUUGAGGAGCUUAACACGAGUUCGCCACACAAACCUAAUUUCUUUAAUUGGCUACUGCAAGGAUGGAAGUUGCCUUGCUAUUGUCUAUGAGUACACGCCUCGAGGAAGCCUUGAAGACCAUCUGAGAGGUAAAGCUGGGUUUUCUGUAUUGACAUGGGCACAAAGACUCCAAAUUGCAUACCAAGCUGCAAAAGGAUUGGACUAUCUGCAUACGGGAUGCAAGCCGCCAAUAGUUCAUAGGGAUGUGAAGUGCUCAAACAUUCUCUUGGGUGCAGAUUUAGAGGCUAAAAUAACAGAUUUUGGAAUUUCCAGGGUUUGGAAUGAGAAUGACAAUUAUAUAACCACAAAAGUGGUUGGGACACCAGGGUAUCUUGAUCCUGAGUAUAAUGGUACUUUCCACCUCAGUAAAGCGAGUGAUGUUUAUGGCUUUGGAAUAAUCCUUCUGGAAAUGAUUACUGGCCAACCUCCAAUAAUUCGUGGCCCAAAAGUGCAACACAUUGUCAGAUGGAUAUCUCUGAGAGUUGCCAGUGAAGCAGAUUUUGUUGAUACAAGUAUGAACGGAUACUAUGACUCUAGCUCUAUGUGGAAGUUUCUUCAGCUAGCAUUGAGGUGCACAGACUCAUCAAGCAGUAUGAGACCUUUAAUGGCUGAAGUAGUAAUCCAACUUAAAGAGAUCAUUGAAAUGGAAUCCUCCAAACAGAUGACUGAGGACAUGAACAGCAAAGAUGUGGAAAAUGAAGAAGUGGAAGAAGCAUUUAUAACCUCAAUUGCUCAAGCAGAUCGCCCCGUAUGCACACAUCAACUGUCAGCCAACUUGUUCACAUCAUGGACACACAAUACUCCUGGUAGAAGGUUUUGGCGAUGCAAAAAUUGGAAAAUGGCCGGUGACUGUGGUUAUUUCAAAUGGCAUGACUCUGUGCAGGAAGGUGUCGUGAUAGAACAAAUGGAUUUCUUAAUCAACCAAAGGAAUGAGCUAGAUGAGGAGAUUAAGAUGAUGGAUGAAGGGAAUGCAAUUCUGUUGAGCAAGUUGAAAGUCUUGGAAGAAAAAAUUGAUGAACUUAAAAAGAGUAAGGAGGCACCGGAAAUGAAGUCGGAGAGUAGGGACAGAUUUUAGUAGUGUAUGGAAUUUCAUUAAGCAAGAUGUUUUUUGGGUUCUCUAUUAGACAUCUAAGGGAGCUGUUGGCUGAUGUUCCUUGCGUAGGAACAAUGUCUAUAUGCUUGGUUGAGUUGUAUUUGAUGUUUAAUUUUGACAUUGAAACAUAAAAAACCACAAAUAUGUAGAACAGAUGAUUUCAUUUCUAUUUGCAUGUUUAUUUGAUGUUAUGGAAUA